AUGCAAAACUGCAACGUUGCAGGCUACGACAUAUCAAAGGGGACAACUAUCUUUGUCAACGUGUGGAGCAUAGGUAGGGACCCUGGGGCGUGGGACGCCCCUGAUGAGUUCCUGCCUGAGAGGUUUCUAGGAAAGGAAACAAGUGCGUGGGGGAGCAACUUCGCAUUGCUCCCCUUUGGCUCGGGUAGGCGGGUAUGCCCCAGAAUUAAGCUCGGACUUAAGGUCGUUCGCACGAGGCUGGCAAAUUUGUUGCAUGGAUUUGACCUAAAAUUUGUCGAUGGCAUGAGGCCAGAAGAUGUGUCUCUCGAAGAGGAGUACGGACUCAGCACACAUCCUAAACAUCGACUUUCCCUACUCAUGGAACCUACAUUGCCAUCGCGUCUUUACUGA